CGCAAAAAUGCGGAAAAGAAGCAACCAAAUAAACCCAUGUGCGCGCCCGCCCGAAAUCCGUCGCGCAUAUUUUCUUUCCUUUUUUUCUUUCUUUCCCUCCGACCCCUUUCCCUGCCGGAAACAAGCUCGAAAAACAGGAUUUGAAUCCCCCAGCUCGGCCGCCGACUGCGCUUCCCGCACAGCAGCCACAAGCCCACAGACACUGUAUGUCCCGUCCUCGUCCUGGCUGCCCGCCCAGCCCAAUCCCCCACCAUUCUGCGCACUUGGAUGGAGCCCGCGAGCCCACAUGGACAAGUCGCAGAACAGGUUUCCAACAACAGCAGCCCGCGUCUGUGUGUCGCAGCCGCAGCAGUUAAAGCCCCAUUUUCUGAUCGGGCUGGAAGAUAGCUAGACCUAGACCCAGCACCCCGCGCCCUUCUGUUGCUCUGUUGUCCCGCCUGCUGCCUUCUCCCGGUUCUUUGCAUUCUGCUGUUUUCCAGAACCUGCACGCAACCAGCGGAGCAGCAAAAACAGCAGCAGCAGCAGGAACAGCAGUAGCACCAGAGAAAGAACAAGUGUGUGUGCGUGUGCGUGUGCGCGUGUUUGCUUGCAAGUCGAUAGAAGGUCUGUCCGUCAUAGUCUGCUGUUAACAGACAUCAUUGUCGGCCGCCUGGUUUUUUAUUCGCUAGGCACCCGCUCGGCUGCCGUCACCCAGCCCACCCAGGACCUGCCUGCACUUCCUUUUUGUGCCCCGGCUCUCGUGAUACCUACCCCUAGGCUGCCCGUUCAAUACCUACUGGCCGCACGCCGCGAGAUUCCGUCCCACCUGCACCGUCAUACUUCGUCCCAUCCACCCCGCCAUCCACCACCCGCCGAAUUUGUCAAGGCCACGCCGACUCGCACUAAGCAAGCACGCGCUUUGGAAACACCGUGCUAUUUGAUUUGGGAUCUAUUGUCGCCGUCUCUCCGCCUGGCAAUUGCAAAGAACUUCCCCUGAAACCACCCCUAAACCACGACCGCACCGUCCUCGACUUGAUAAGGAACCUCGGCUAGGAACCUCGUGAGCAAUCGUCGACACGACCGAAUCCGACUGUUCCAGCAAAUUGUUUAAAGUGCUCCUGAACCGAAGACGUCCGAGUUCCGCGCCUUCCGAGACCCCUCGACCUCCCCGGCACCCAGUCCGGUGACGAGGAAGGAGCGCCAGAGACUGCCUCUCGCGGCAGCCAAGUCACCUCGUGGUGCCUCCCAUUUUUCAGCCUCUCCAGUUUAGUCCGUCGUCAGCCACGUUCGGCCGACGCCAGUAGCAACAUGUCGACGAUCCAGCAGCUCAAGAAUUUUAUCCGCCAUGGCAAGCAGGCCAGGGUAGCAAACCUCGACGAGCCGACGCAAAAGCGCGACAACUCGCCGCAGCAACUAGGCGCGCCGAAGAACAUCUCGGAACCCGCUCUUGGCGCCAUCCCCGCCUCCAAGCCCGCGCAAGAGGCUUACUCGGUACAGCCGGGCCAGGACGCUGCGAACCGCGCCGCUCAGGCUGGCAACAUGGCCGCACACCACGCCGAGGCCGCGCAGGGUAUCCCGAAGAGCAAGUCGAAGCGCAUAGAUGAAACCAACAUCGCCAAGCUGGUGGCUGAGGAGAAUGCCAGCAAGUCAAAGUUCCCCAAAUACCCCGGCCUCGAGAGGUGGGAGCUUCUUGAAAAGAUGGGCGAUGGCGCCUUCAGCAACGUCUACCGCGCCAGAGAUCUCGAGCGCGUCCAGCCAGGCGAGGUUGCCAUCAAGGUGGUGCGCAAAUACGAAAUGAGCAGCAUGCAGGGAAACAAGCACCUCCAUCCGGACUUCAAACCUAAGGCUCCGAAAGCUGCAGAGCGCGCCAAUAUCCUGAAAGAGGUGCAAAUAAUGCGCCAGAUCGACCAUCCCAACAUCAUCAAGCUUAUCGACUUUACAGAGUCGAAGCAGUACUACUACAUUAUUCUCGAGCUGGCUCCUGGCGGCGAGCUCUUCCACCAGAUUGUGCGGCUCACGUAUUUCAGCGAGGAGCUGUCGCGUCAUGUGAUCGUGCAGGUCGCCAAGGCGCUCGAGUAUCUGCACGAGGAGCGGGGUGUGGUACACAGGGAUAUUAAGCCCGAGAACAUCUUGUUCGUCCCCAUCCCAAUCGUUCCGUCAAAGAACCCCCAGCCAAAACAGCCCGGCGACGAGGACAAGGUGGACGAGGGAGAGUUUAUCCACGGAGUGGGUGCUGGAGGCAUUGGCCUGAUCAAGAUUGCCGAUUUUGGUCUGUCCAAGAUUGUUUGGGACACACAGACUAUGACGCCAUGUGGCACGGUGGGCUACACGGCCCCUGAGAUUGUCAAGGACGAGCGUUACUCCAAGUCGGUUGACAUGUGGGCGCUCGGCUGUGUCUUGUACACGCUGCUCUGCGGCUUCCCUCCGUUCUACGACGAGAGCAUCGAGGUGCUCACCGAGAAGGUGGCCAAGGGACAGUACACGUUCCUGUCGCCGUGGUGGGACGACAUUUCCAAGUCGGCCCAGGACCUGAUUGGCCACCUCCUGACGGUCGAUCCGGAGAAGCGGUACACGAUAACCGAGUUCCUGGCUCACCCUUGGAUCCGCGGCUCGGGCCCGACGCCACGCGACGACAAGAAAUUCACUCCCGAUGGCAUGCUCCGAGCCUUUGACGCUAGCAGGUUCAAGGAAGGGGACCGACGCUACGACUUCCGCUCGCCCGGAGCUGUCAACCUGCGCGAGGUGUUUGACGUUGGUUAUGCCGUCCACCGCCAGGAGGAGGAGGGCAAGCGCCGCAAGCAGGUGGGCACCAAGAUGGCAGGGGCCGGGCCCGCGCUCCUCAACAACUUGGAAGAGGAGGAGGACGAAGACUCGAGCAUGCGCGACGCUAGUAGUGAUGAGAGCCGCGAGUAUGCGCACGAGGGCGGCAACACGGCUCAGCUGGAGCAAAGCAUGCGCGCCGCAAACAUCCGCGAUCCAGAGCGCGGGCGUGGAAGAGAGAGCCACAAGGGCGCGCCAACCGCCGUCGCGGCCGAGGCACAGCAGCGGGGAUACGGCCAGCAUUCGGCGGCGGUGACGGCGGCAGCGAGACAGCAGGUUAGGGACCGGAACCGCCAGAAAGGCGCGUUCGAGCUGAGCCUCGAUGGUGCGACGCUGCUUGGCCGGCGAGGGCAAAAGCAGACCCCUCCGGCGACGCAGGUGGCUUAGGCGCUGUCCAGCAUGGGCACUGGACCAUAUGAAGUGUCCACAUUUCUCCUUGACGGUUUUGGCCUAUCCCCCCUCAAGCAUCGCUUCUCAACUUACCAGGCAUUUUAUUUCUCCCCUCUUCCCCAGGCGACCUUUGGGAGAUGGGACUAUGAUGUUAUUAUUUUCUUUUGUGUUUCCUAUUGGCGUUUGGUGGCAUCCGACAAAUUAUUUGGCUUGUCGGGACCGGCGGAAGGAUGGCGGUGCAUCUGGCGUCCAGGAGCAUCUCAGUAUCCCUCGUCCCACGGUCGCUCUGCUUGUUUCUUCUGGGCGUUUGUUUCACUUGGCCAAGGCAGGCUAUUUUCUUUCGAGUGUUGGAGGCCGUCCACCGACCCCAACUCUAUGAUGCCAUAAGAAGGCCAGGGAUGGGGUGGACCAGGAAAGGGAGCUAGGGGUUUGUGACGCAUCUCCUUGUGCCCGGGCUUAUAUCGAACUUCUUUGAUGUCGGUUAGCGACAUCAAACGGCAUCGCGUCGCUUUCAAUGCAU